AUGGCGGCAUUAUUAGCUUCUCAGAGCUGUUGCUAUGGCAGUGAAACGGCAAGAACCGCCAAAGGUAUUAGUUUCAGUAGCUCUCUGGAGAAUCAUUUCACUACGGAAGCCACUCAGUGUUUUGGCAGAAAGUCGAAGAGUUUUCGUAUUGAGAUGAGACAAUCGGAAUCACCUUCCAAGCCUGGAAUCAAUGGACGUUCAGUCAAAAUGGUUCCGGCUAGUGAGGUGGUGAAAAGGAAAGAUGGUGUGAAUAAUGUUAAGAAAGUGAAUGGAUCGGCGCAGAAAGUUGUGAAUGGAGCGAGUUUGGUCAGUAGUAGAAACAUUAAUGGUGCGUCGUCAACUUUAGUCAAUGCACCAAAGAAGAAACCAGAAUCUUAUCUUCCUCCACCGGUUGAAGGAGUUAGGGUUCUUCCUUCUGAUGAAGGUUUUAGCUGGGCUGAUGAGAACUAUAACUCACUUCAACGGAGUAUUGAUGUUUGGUCGUUUGUUAUUUCCCUGAGGAUUCGUGUCUUGUUCGACAAUGCGAAAUGGGCUUACGUUGGAGGGUUCACAGAAGAAAAACAGAAAAGCCGAAGAAGAGAAACAGCUUCUUGGUUGAGAGAGAGUGUAUUGCAGCUUGGUCCGACGUUCAUCAAACUGGGACAGUUGUCUUCGACUCGGUCGGAUUUGUUUCCACGCGAAUUCGUGGAUGAGCUUUCAAAGUUGCAGGACAGAGUCCCGGCUUUUUCUCCAGAGAAAGCAAAGCGCUUCAUCGAGACCGAACUUGGGGCUCCUAUUAGUGUAAUGUUUAAAGAAUUGGAAGAGCAACCCAUAGCUGCAGCUAGCCUUGGCCAGGUACACAGAGCUGUGUUGCACAAUGGCGAGAAAGUCGUAGUAAAAGUUCAAAGACCCGGACUCAAGAAACUUUUCGAUAUUGAUCUACGAAAUUUGAAGCUGAUUGCUGAAUAUUUCCAGAAAAGUGAAUCAUUUGGUACAAACGAUUGGGUUGGUAUUUACGAAGAAUGUGCAACGAUUUUGUAUCAAGAGAUUGACUACAUAAAUGAAGCUAAGAAUGCCGACAGAUUCCGGAGAGACUUCCGGAAUAUAAGCUGGGUCCGCGUACCUUUGGUCUAUUGGGAUUACUCUGCCAUGAAGGUGUUGACUUUAGAAUAUGUACCAGGUGUCAAGAUCAACAAGUUAGACGCCUUAGCUGCACGGGGUUAUAACCGUUCAAGAAUCGCAUCACGGGCCAUUGAAGCUUAUCUUAUCCAGAUACUCAAAACCGGCUUCUUUCACGCGGAUCCACACCCAGGAAAUCUUGCAAUUGAUGUAGAUGAAUCAAUCAUCUACUAUGACUUUGGCAUGAUGGGAGAGAUAAAAACAUUCACUCGGAAGAGAUUGCUUGAUCUCUUCUAUUCUGUAUAUGAAAAAGAUGCAAAAAAGGUCAUGCAAAACCUUAUAGAUCUUGAAGCACUUCAACCCACCGGAGAUCUUUCAUCGGUAAGAAGAUCUGUUCAGUUUUUCUUGGACAACCUAUUAAGCCAAACACCUGAUCAACAACAGACUUUGGCAGCUAUUGGAGAGGAUCUGUUUGCAAUUUCCCAGGAUCAGCCAUUCCGUUUCCCAUCAACUUUCACCUUUGUCAUCCGAGCAUUUUCCACACUCGAGGGUAUUGGUUAUAUCCUUGAUCCAGAUUUUUCCUUUGUGAAGGUUGCAGCUCCCUAUGCGCAGGAACUCCUGGAUUUAAAACAAAGACAGCGCUCGGGAACUCAGCUUGUCCAAGAAAUAAGGAAGCAGGCGGAUGAUGCUAGAUCUUCUACUCUGUCCAUGCCAUAUCGAGUGCAGCGAAUAGAAGAGUUUGUGAAAGAACUCGAUUCAGGCGAUCUAAAACUCCGUGUUCGAGUUCUUGAGUCGGAAAGAGCAGCCCGGAAAGCGACAAUAUUGCAGAUGGCCACAAUGUAUACAGUUCUUGGAGGAACUCUGCUUAAUAUUGGGGUUACAUUUAGCAACCAAGGAAAUCAGCUUGUUGCUAAUGGAUCCUUCGUUGGAGCAGCGAUAUUCAUGGCAUUGGUAGUGAGAUCUAUGCAAAGGGUAUAG